UGGCUGCUGCUGCUGUUGGGCGUGCGACGAGCGGUGCAGCCAGCGCUCUUUCUGCUGUGCGCUGCAUCGCUCGCCUGUGUGCCAUCCCGCCGUAUCAGUCUCCGGCGUCCACUCCCGGCCGCGACCCUUCGCUCGUCGAUCCAUCAUAUUCUGCCCGCCUCACCCUACUAGUCCCUCGUCCUGCUCCCUCUCUCUCGUCCUUCUGCUCCCCAUCCCCGCCCAACACUCUCUAAUCACCACCCUCCCCGUGCUUUGCGGUGUCUGGGCAGCUGGCCUCUCCAACACUCCAGCGUUGUCAUCCUGGCCGAGGGUCUGUUCCGCCCCGUCACCACCACCCUGGCCCCUUCUUUCGACGCUGCGGCUCGCCGAGAUCGCAGCAGCUACUCCAAAAUGUCCGACAUUGAGAAGAUGAUCGGUGGCGACUACGCCCAGCUCACCAACACCAACAUCCGCAGUUUUGGCUGGAAGGGCGUCAGCGUGACGGUCAAGGAUCGCCAGUCGCAGCAGCCAAAGACCAUUCUGUCCGAUAUCAAUGGCAUGGUCAAGGCUGGCGAGCUGCUCGCUCUCAUGGGACCUUCUGGUUCUGGCAAGUCGACCCUCUUGAACGUGCUGGCCCACCGAACGCACUCGCUCGCUGCCAAUGUCAAGGCCGCCAUUUAUAUCAACGGCUCCCCUGCCAACCCAAAGACCUUCCGCCGUAUCUCCGCCUACGUCGAGCAGGAAGAUGCGCUUGUUGGUUCGCUCACUGUGCGAGAGACGCUCAAUUUUGCCGCCCGCCUGUCGCUGCCCAGAUCGGUGAGCAAGUUGGAGCGCAUUCAGCGAAUCGAAGCCCUUCUCACCGCUUUCGGUCUCCAAGGCCAGGCGAACAACCUCAUUGGAACACCGAUCAGGAAGGGUAUCUCUGGCGGUCAGAAACGCCGUGUUUCUGUCGCAGCUCAGCUCAUCACUAGCCCGAAGUUACUGUUCCUGGACGAGCCCACAUCGGGUCUGGAUUCCGCUGCCUCGUUCGAAGUCGUUUCGUUUGUCAAAGACAUUGCGAAGAAGCACAACUUGAUCGUGAUCGCAUCCAUACAUCAACCGUCGACUUCGACCUUUGCCAUGUUUGACAAGCUUCUUCUGCUCUCACAGGGAGGAACCGCGUACAGUGGACCCGUGUCCGAGGUGCAACCCUACUUCGACGCCUGUGGAUUUCCAAUUCCGUUGUACAUGAAUCCGGCAGAAUUCAUCAUCGACUUUGUCAAUACCGAUUUUGCCCGCGACCGAAGCGAAGUUGAUCAGCAGCUGAACAUGGUACAUUCGUCAUGGCACAAGUCGCGUCUUGCCACUGCCACUGUAAACGAGCUCACGGACGAAAUGGCGCGCAACUCCAUGGACACCGAUGUCAAUGCCGAGACCAAGGACGAGUCUGCCGGUCGAUUUGCCAUUCCUAUGGCACUAAUCCACCGCUCCUUUAUCAAGUCAUACCGCGACAUCAUCGCAUACGGCAUUCGAAUUGCCAUGUACAUGGGCUUGGCAGUCAUGAUGGGCACUGUGUGGCUGCGACUAAACCCCGAUCAAAGCAAUAUCCAGUCCUUCAUCAACGCCAUCUUCUUCGGCGGCGCUUUCAUGUCAUUCAUGGCCGUCGCUUAUAUUCCUGCCUUCCUCGAGGAUCGCGCCCUAUUCAUCAAGGAGCGCGCCAACGGUCUCUAUGGUCCCAGUUCGUUUAUCUUGGCCAACUUCCUCACUGGCAUUCCUUACUUGUUCUUGAUCGCCAUGCUCUUCUCGAUUGUCGCCUACUGGCUGUCAAAUUUCCGACCUACUGCUCAAGCAUUCUUCACCUGGGUCAUGUGGCUGUUUCUGGAUCUCAUCGCUGCCGAAUCUCUGGUCGUUCUCAUCAGUUCCCUGAUCCCCAUUUUCGUCGUCGCUCUUGCUGGAACCGCCUUCGCGAACGGCCUCUGGAUGUGUACUGGCGGUUUCCUCGUCCCAGCAAAGACGCUCAAUCCAUUUUGGCGCUACGUUUUCCACUACAUUGACUACCAAUCCUAUGUCUUCCAAGGCAUGAUGGUCAACGAAUUCGGACAAAGAAAUUUCACCUGCGGCACCAACGCGCGAGGCGAAUGCUCGUGCAUGUACGAGACAGAACUUGCACACCAAUGCAUGAUCGCUGGCACCGGAGUUCUCCGAAAUUACGGCUACAAGACCGGGGAGACUGGCAAAUGGGUCGGGAUCAUGAUUGGCAUCAUCUGCGGCUACCGAUUACUCGGAUGGUUGACACUCUUCCUCCGCAAGAGCUAGACAUUUCACGAAAAUGUGUGCGCAAAAAAUAUUUGUAUGAAGAUUUUUGCGAGAUCCGCGACACAGAGAUCGAUUCGCGAUGCUUGCGCAGUUUGUGUAUAAUUGGCAUCUCGACGCCACAACAACAACCAUGUCUCAUAGCUUGUUAUUUUUAACGUGGAAUUAUGAAAAGGGAUUGGAGCAGGGUACAGGAACCUUGAGGAGUUCAUACGAGGCGUUUUGAUCGAAUUGUCUAGAUACCAGCUCUGGGGGAACAAUUUUACUAGAUUUUUGAUGCCACCUACAGUAC